CUAUCAUCUAUACUAUCUUGACAUUCCUCACUCCUUCUAUACCAGCACUGGUAGUAUACAAAUACAAAAUGUCCACCCAAGACAGCGACGCAGAGAGCUCCAUCUCCAGCCAAACAAGAACAAAAACCCCCAAACACACCUUCCCCCUCGCCCACCCUCCUCCCAAAUCCUCCCCCUGCCUCCGCCUCACCCCGCGCCUCCUCCUCCAAAUCCAACAACUCUCAAUAACCUCAAACCGACACCGGGUUCUUCCCAUCCUCGAAAUCUACCAACCCCCACGACAAGGGAAAUGCCUCCCCAACUGUCCGCGCAAGCUCCACGGCCGGGAUCUCUACAUCCUACAGAGCGACGCUUACACCGACAUCACCACCACCACCACCACCACCACCUCAACAACAAAAUCACCAUCAUCAUCAGAACCUACUAGUAGUAGUACCUACCCCAUCGCCGCGGGCGUAAUCUACAACAACCACAACACCAACCCCAACCCCAAGAAACCCACCACCACCACCACCACCCCACCACCACCAACAACUACUACUACUACCACAACAGAAGACGACGAAAUCUACCUCCCAACGACACACCAAACCUACUCCGCAACGCGCACCCCCCGAGGCAACUACCGCUUCAUCCUCCGACAGAAGAAAACCCCGUCCGGAGAAACCGUCAUCAUCGAAUGGCGGCGGAAAACCCAGUCCCAGACGACCCGGCCAAGAACCGCGUCGGGGUCGGCGGUGUCGGGAUCAACGGACUCCGAUACAUUAACAACAACAGGAAACCCUUGCGAGGAGGAAGACUCCACUACUACCAGUUCCGAUGCCAAUGCCAAUGCUAAUCCCCGGUUUGUGCUGUGCGUUAGUGCCAUCGGAGGAGAGAAAGCAGCUGGCGCCGAUCAGCGUGUCAGACGGUCGGGGCUGGCUGGACUAGAGAAAAAGGGGCUGAGGGUUGGCGGGUGGGAUGCGAAACAAGUGCGGUUUUUGGAGGAGGUGGGGAUAUUAGGUGGUGGUGGUGGUGGUGGUGCUGGGGAGGAGGUGGUUACGUUGGUAUUGACGCUGGGGGUUUAUGUUGCGUGGAUGGAGGGGUGGUUGUAAUACCAUACAUCCAUACAUCAUUCCAUUCUCUACAGAGGUAUUGGUUUAGGGGGUAUUUGUUGUUGUUCAGUGCGUCGGAGGUGUUGGUGGGAGUGUCCGUCCGGCUUGGCUGGUCCUUUUUUUAUUUUUCUUGGGGUAAAAAAGGAAGGAACACGGGAUUUACAGAAUUCUCCGCUCCGAUGGUUUUCAUUACUAUCACUUGGAGAUUGCAUAUUUUUUUUUCUUGCAUAGCGGGUCUAUUAUGGAUAUUUUUGUGAUACCUGGAAUUUUCAUUUUCAAUAGAUUGUUGAGUUGCGACAUUUAUUGCAGCUGCUCAA